AGGAGUUGCAAAUAUGCACGUGCGAACUGGGUUGAUGACGUGACAACAUCGAUCACCUAACAGCCAAAGACACUGAUUAAGUUACCGGUACGGUACAUCAAUUGAGGAACCAUAAUGGCAAACUGUGCUGUGUUAGUUACUGGUGGAGCUGGAUAUGUUGGGAGUCAUGUAGUGGUUGAUCUACUCAAUCAAGGAUAUACCCCUGUUAUAAUAGAUAACUUCAGUAAUAGUACAAAAGGGUCAGGUAGCAAACCAGAGGUAUUGCUAAGAAUAGAACGUAUUACAGGGAAACAAGUUGCAUUCUAUGAAGGAGAUAUACGAGAUAAAGCAGUUCUUCAAAAUAUCUUUAAACAGCAUUCUUUCACCCAUGUAAUUCAUACUGCAGGGCUAAAGGCUGUAGGUGAAUCCAUCACUAUGCCUAUUGAAUAUUACAACUGCAAUGUAGGAGGAACGAUAUGCCUUUUAGAAGUAAUGAAACAGUUUGGCUGUUACAACAUGAUAUUUUCAAGUUCAGCAACGGUUUACGGCCCGCCGGACUAUCUCCCGAUAGAUGAGAAGCAUCAUGUAGGGCGUGGGAUCACUAACCCUUACGGCAAGACCAAAUUCUUUAUUGAAGAGAUUCUAACAGACCUAGCUAAGGCUGAAAAGGAAUGGAAUAUAGUGAUAUUACGUUACUUCAACCCAGUUGGUGCUCACAAGUCGGGUCUUAUUGGUGAGAAUCCUCAGGGAAUACCCAACAAUCUCAUGCCUUUUGUCUCUCAAGUAGCUGUAGGAAGGAGAGAAUGUGUGAAAGUCUUUGGCACAGACUAUGAUACACCCGAUGGCACAGGUGUACGAGACUACAUCCAUGUAUUAGAUCUAGCCUCUGGCCACGUAGCUGCAGUGAAGAAAGCAUCAGAGGGCUGCGGUCUAAAGGUUUAUAACCUUGGCUCAGGGAAAGGAUACUCUGUACUGGAUAUGGUCAAAGCUAUGGGUAAAGCAUGUGGAAAAGAGCUUCCGUAUGAAUUGACGGGAAGAAGAGACGGGGAUAUAGCUUCAGUGUAUGCUAACUCAGCACUAGCAGAGAGUGAAUUACACUGGAAGGCUGAAAGAGGAUUGGAUGAGAUGUGCGAAGAUCUAUGGAGGUGGCAGUCAAACAAUCCUACCGGAUAUUGAAUAGGUUUCAUUCAUAGUACUUUAUAAACAGCUUCCACGUAUCAGUUAAUGAGAGGACAUCGUGCCAUAUUGUAUUUCUGUUUCAAGAAGCAUGUGCAAUUUAUCAGCAACAGACAGUCAUGGUUGCUUUAUCAGGCAACCAUCUUACAAGAAUAAUUCAAAGGAAUGAUUGCGCUGCUUAAAGAAGAAUGUUAGGUAACUAGUACCCUUUUUAAUCUCUAGGGUAUUUCAGUUGUGCUGUUGCUCUGUAUACAUGUAAAGGUUUAGGUGGGAAAUAAAUUCACAAAAUGUCUCUUGUAAACAAAGGAGAACACACCAAAUUGUCAAGAAAUCAGUGAAUUAAUGGAUAGACAUUCAUAUCUAGGAAAUCUUUUGAACAGACAUGCAUUUUAUAUGUUGACUUUGCUGGCUUUCCAUAGUUGAGAUUGAUCAGAUCAAUCGAUGGUAGUCUGGUAUAACUCCAGACUAUAACAAGAACAUUAUUUCACCCCUUACAUGUAUAUGGCAUGCCAUCUUUCAUCUUCUGUAUUCAAUAUUCAUGACAUAAGUAACGCACCAAAUAAAUCACUGAAAAAUCAUUGUAUUCUCAUAUUCUAUACUUAUUUCAUAACAAAAUUGAACGACGUAUAGUCAUCAUGGGAUUAAAUUGAUUUCUACUUGGUGAAAUAGUUAACUACUCGAAAGCCAAGUGUGCUUAAGAUAACCUAACUUAUCGGUGCUACAGUAUUGAAAUACCCCCAACCAGGUUGGGGUUUUUUUUUGCUUUUUCUGUUUGUGUUCAUCUUAAAGGAAACCAAACCCAAGAAGAGAAUCAAUCUUAUUG